AGAGUUUGGCGUGGGAGCUUCAAAAGCGAACUGAACCAACGACAGUUAAGCCGAACAAACCUUAGUAGUUCCAAACCAAACCAAAAUCAUAUAACAGAACACAGCACAAAAGAAGAACGACAAGCUCACUUAAUUCCUAGUAGUAUUACUCACCCACGGUCUCUGUCUGAGACAACACUCAGCCACCAACAAAACGGCGUCACUCUGAUCGUGAUCAACGUCAAAAAUGCCUCAAACGGCUCCUACCGGAGAACCCUCCCACGGAGGCUCCGGUGGCCGCAUGGUGGUAGUGGGGGUGAAGAUGGACUCCCCCAGCAAGGAAUUGCUCACGUGGGCUUUGGUUAAAGUGGCUCACCCUGGUGACACCGUGGUUGCUCUGCAUGUUCUUGGGAACCAGGAAACUGUGAAUGGAGACGGGAAAUCUUCGCUGCUUUCGCUUGUCAAGGCGUUUGACUCUGUUCUUGCCGUUUAUGAAGGAUUCUGUAACUUGAAACAGGUCGACCUCAAACUCAAAAUUUGCCGUGGUUCAUCAGUGAAGAAAAUUUUGGUUCGAGAAGCAAAUGGUUACACGGCAACUCAUGUUGUGGUCGGAACAACUCAUGGUUUGCAUAGAAUCCGGUCAUCUACUUUUAUAGCUAAAUACUGUGCUAAAAAGUUGUCCAAGGAUUGCUGUAUUCUCGCUGUUAACAAUGGGAAAGUUGUGUUCAAGCGUGAGAGCUCGCCACCGAGUGUUGACUUACAAGGGAUUGAUCGUCAGCACAGAAAUGGUUUGAUCGGUUCGAUUCAUUGGACACUCAGUAAGAAUACAAAAGUUCUAAGUGAUGACAAUUCAGGGACGGAUGCUGAUGAGAAGAAACCUGGCCAAAGUUCAGAUCACAGUUUAGCUAAGUUUUUCCUAGAUUCUACAGAAACUGUUAGAAAACCGAACUGUUCAAUUUGUGGCACAACCUUGGCAUUGCCAGACCCUUCUUGCAACCAAUCUGAAGAAGGGUUUUCUGGUGAUGAUGGUAAAGAGAAUUCCUUGGCUAUAGUACCAGUGCAAGUGCAACCUACUGUUGCUGCAGAAACGGAAUUGAAACCUGGUUGGCCACUACUACAUCGGAGAAUUAUAUCGGACACACAAUCUACUGAUAGAUCAUUGAUGCACCCCAAGAUUUCCGUGGUCCAGUGGGCAAUGAGGUUACCUUCUAGAAAUAUUUCAUAUGCUUCAGAUCGUGAUGAAAAACCUGAAAGUUGUGAUCAAAGCCUGGAUCAACCUGCGGCUUUAGAUAGGGAAAGUGGUGCUCUUGUUCCAAUAGAUUCUGAAAUCGGAACUGCUUCUUCGCCAGAAAGCAAUUCAAGAAACAUUCCUAAAGAAUUGGAGGGCCUUCACGAGAAGUACUCCUCAACUUGUAGAUUGUUUGGGUACCAAGAUCUUGUAUCUGCCACAUCAAAUUUCUUACCGGAAAACUUUAUUGGGAAAGGAGGAAGCAGUCAGGUUUUUAGAGGCUGCCUUUCUGAUGGCAAGGAACUUGCUGUCAAGAUUCUAAAGCCUUCCGAAGAUGUAUUGAAGGAAUUUAUUCUGGAAAUCGAAAUCAUCACUACCUUGCAUCACAAAAACAUAAUUUCCCUCCUGGGAUUCUGCUUUGAGAAUGGCAAAUUUCUUCUGGUUUAUGAUCUCUUAUCAAGGGGAAGUCUUGAAGAGAAUCUUCAUGGUAAUAAGAAAAAAUCACUUGCGUUUGGUUGGUCGGAGAGAUAUAAGGUAGCUGUGGGUAUUGCUGAGGCUUUAGAUUAUCUGCAUUCUAAAGACGAUCAACCCGUGAUCCAUCGGGAUGUAAAGUCAUCGAAUGUGUUAUUAUCCGAGGAUUUUGAACCCCAGCUCUCUGAUUUUGGACUGGCAAAAUGGGCAUCAACCUCGUCAUCACAAAUAACCUGCACAGAUGUUGCUGGAACCUUUGGUUACUUGGCUCCUGAAUACUUCAUGUACGGCAAAGUAAAUGAUAAGAUUGAUGUUUAUGCAUAUGGGGUGGUGCUCCUCGAACUUCUUUCGGGGAGAAGGCCCAUAAACCGUGAUUAUCCUAAAGGCCAAGAGAGUCUUGUCAUGUGGGCAGGUCCAAUUCUAAAUAGUGGAAAGGUGUUACAAUUGUUAGAUCCUAGUUUGGGUGAUAACUAUGAUCAUGAGGAGAUGGAAAAGAUGGUGUUGGCAGCCACACUGUGUAUCAAACGUGCUCCAAGGGCUAGGCCUCAAAUGAACCUUAUCUUAAAGCUCCUUCAAGGUGACAUUGAAACAAUGAAGUGGGCAAGGUUAGAAGUUAACAAUGGUUUGGAUGCAGCAGAAACGGUUGAUGAUGAAGCGUGUCCACCUAGUGAUAAUCUGCAGUCACAUAUAGAUCUUGCACUGCGUGAUGUGGUGGAGGAGUCACUCUCCAUGUGCAGUGUUGAGCAGGGUUUGACAUUGGAGGACUACUUGAGAGGCCGUUGCAGCCGUGCAUCAAGCUUUGACUGAGCAAAUCACUAGCAAAAUGCUAGAAGAAGCUCUAUGAUUUUUAUUUUUUCAUGACUUGAUCUUUUUGGAGAUUAAGUCUUCUUUGGGUUUUGAAUGGAUUUAGGAUGAGAGGUUGUUUGGGUGUGCCCUCCUCCUAUACUUAAUAACGAGGAAACUAGGCCAGUUCCACCUUGUCACUCUAUUUUCUCUGGUUUUUUCCACGAUCUCAAUUUGAUCAAGUUUUGUAAUAUAUAUUGGUAAAGAGAUGAACAAGUUGUAUUUUAGAGCGUAAGGAUCAUUGCUCUGCAUCCAAUCCAAAUUAGGCUACA